CUUCAUGCGGACGCGCACGGUGUUUAGUGAAUCAGUAGUACAGUUGGCUUUGGCUGGGUGGUAAAGUGCAAGAUGGCCGAAAGUAAAGGUGCUCUGCUCGCCAAAUCUGUGCAAAAACAUGCUGGAAGGGCGAAAGAAAAGAUAUUGCAAAAUCUUGGCAAAGUAGAUCGUACCGCAGAUGAUAUUUUUGAUGAGCAUUUACAAAACUUCACCAGGCAGCAAAAUAGUGCUAAUAGACUGCAAAAGGAAUUUAAUAACUACAUAAGAUGUAUUAGAGCUGUGCAAAGUGCUUCCAAGUCUUUAAUGGAAGCAGUAUCUGAAGUCUACGAAAGCCCAUGGAGUGGGCACGAUGUUUUGCUACACCAGACAAAUGCUUUGGAAAUGUUGUGGCAAGACUUCUCUCAUAAACUGGGUGACCAAGUUUUGAUACCACUUAACACGUACCAAGCCCAGUUCCCAGAGAUGCGGAAAAAAAUCGACAAAAGAGGCCGAAAACUCGUCGAUUACGACAGUCAGAGGCACAGUUUUCAGGGUCUGCAGGCAAACGCGAACAAAAAGCGCGACGAUGCAAAGGUAAAUAAUAAGGUUACAAGAGGUAGAGAACUAUUAGAAGAAGCAAAACGCACGUAUGAACAACUCAAUAGCGAACUGCACGACGAAUUACCAGCAUUGUACGAUUCUAGAGUUUUAUUCCUUGUGACUAAUUUACAAACGCUUUUUACUUCCGAACAACUCUUCCACCAAGAAACUGCUAAGGUUUAUGCUGAAUUAGAAGCUAUAGUCGAUAAAUUAGCGACAGAUAGUCAAAGAGGAUCCUACACAAUUAAGAAAAUGAAUAGUGUUCUUCCAUCAGGCGGAACUCUACCACACUCGCCUAAAAACAACGUACAGUCAAAUAAUCUUAACAAUACCAAACCAACUUCUCCAAUUAAAAAUGCAUUACCAGACUCACCCACAAAGUCGAUCACAUCGAGCGGCGGUGCUAGUGUUCCGAACACCAAUGGAAGCAAUAACAAUCUGACCUCUUCUAAUCCUUCCAGUAUCAUAAUGACUCCAAGCACUCCGCCUUCAUCUCCUCCGCCGCCUUCCUCAAGCCCUCCACCAUUGACCCCAAACAUAACCAAAUCCGAUACCCCAAAUCCUGUUUUGAAUAACGAUACCACGCAAUCAACAAAAUUGUCAAACGGAGAUCAUACUAUUGAUAGUUUGACAGAAACCAGCACCGAUGCAGGUGACGGUAAGCCAGCUGCCAUCCCUCCGAGUGUGAAUCAAACAUUAAAUACCUCGAGUGACACUAACAAAAAUGUUACCCCGCCGACAACAGCCGGAGAGGUCUAUGACAUUCCAGUCAGCGCAACAACUACGGAUUUACCACCUGGAGUACUGUACAGAGUGAAGGCGACAUACAAGUAUAAUCGGGAAGACGUAGAUGAGUUGUCCUUCGAGGUGGGAGAUACAAUUCGCGUCAUUGAAUACGAAGACCCAGAGGAACAGGAAGAAGGAUGGUUAAUGGGACUGAAAGAAGGGACCAAUGAAAAGGGAAUGUUCCCAGCCAAUUUCACUAGACCGAUAUAAUUAAAACAUUAUUAAUAACAUCAUUAUCGUCAAAUUAAUUAGCAGGAGAUAUCUCCAGCAAUCAUUCAAUCAA